GGGUUUUGCUGCUUGGUUGCUCCCAGCUCCUCGCGGUGAUGUGCACGUUCCGUACGUCAAAACCAAAACGCGGCACUUUAAAUUUUAAGGUGACAGCUAACUUUCCAGCAUGAUGUUCCUCACUCAACUCCUCACGUCCAAGCGAGGACCUUUAGCCAAAAUUUGGUUAGCAGCGCACUGGGAGCGGAAACUCACCAAGGCUCAUGUAUUUGAGUGUAAUUUGGAAGCAACCAUCAGAGACAUAAUUUCUCCAAAGAUGAAAAUUGGUUUGCGGACAUCUGGUCACCUGCUCCUUGGCGUGGUCAGGAUCUACUCCAGAAAAACAAAGUACCUCCUUGCAGACUGCAACGAUGCCCUGCUUAAAAUUAAAAUGGCAUUCAGGACAGGUCAGACAGAUAUGCCUGUGGAGGAGAUCGAAGCAACACUAAAAGCGAUUACCUUGAUCGAAGAUUUCACUUCUUUUGAUGCUCAGCUGCCUCCUCUAAGUGACAUAGAUGUUGUGGACCAGUUCUCAUUGAACCAGAGUCGAUCAGAGGAGAUCACUCUGAAGGAGGAUUUUGGGAAUGGCUUUCUGAAUUUUACAGACUUCGGAGGUGAGUCCCAGAGCCACCAGCUGGAUAUGAGCUUCCACAGCCUGAGUCAACAUGGAGACGCUUUUGGAGAUGAGGACAGAGGAUUCGACUUACUUGACUUCCUGACAAACUCCAGUGAUGAUGCCGAAUUCACCGACUUCAUCCCAGAAAGGCCUCAAAAUGAAAAUCCAGAGAACUCUCUGCUCAAUUAUCAGCAAGAUGCUGACCAAAGUUUUCCAGUGGAGGCAGAGACCCCGGCACUGACUGAGACCACCUUGCUUACUAAUGAGGAGGAGGCCUUUGCCCUUGAGCCUGUGGCCAUCACUUCAAAUUCAGAGAAAAAGAGGGGAAAGAGGAAGCGCAAGUUGAUUGUGGACCAGGCUAAAGAGCUGACCAGCGACUCCAUCAGAGAGCAGCUCUCUGACUAUUCAGAUCUGGUCACCCCUUUGGACAUGGCCCCACCGACUGAGCAGCUCAUGCAGUGGAAGGAGAGUGGAGGUGCAGACAAACUUUUUGCACAGCCAUGUUCCGCUGUAGUAAAUCCACAGAUAAAGGAGCUCUUUGCCAGGAGUAUUUUCCGGGUGAAAUAUUAUUCUGUUUCUGAGGAGGUUGAGGAGAUGCGGCAGGAUGGACAAGAGGUUCAGAGGGACAUAAGUGCCCUCACUACAGAGAAUGUCAGCGUUGUAGAUUCAUUGAUCGAUACUGAAAAAACACACAACGCUGAGCUGACUCUCGAUCAAAUGAGCAACAAUCAGCGUGAGAAUUACUCGGAGCUCACAGAAGAGGGAAACAGGUCAGAGUUCACUUAUCCAGAUCUCCCAUCAGAAGACUCCACAUUUGUCCAUCCAUCUCGCACUGAGCUGGCGUCAACUUCCCUCCACACUCAGUCUGUGCUGGACAGCCAGGACUUUGAGGAGAGGAGGAUAACCAGGCGAGCACAGAAGCUUCUCAACACUCUAAAACAGAGCCAGAGCAGCACUGACACAACGUUCAGCCUGCAGGCACUCUGUGAAGGGAGCACUCGCCUGCAGGCUGCAACCACUUUCUUCUGUCUCCUCGUCCUGAAAAAACAACAGGCACUCCACCUGCAACAGAGCACUCCCUAUGAGGACAUCUUCGCCACACCUGGACCCAAGUUCUAUGACUAGUAAAACAGAAAUCAGCUUCAUAAAAUUUACAGUAUCAUAACUGAGUUGCGGUCCUGGUUCUACUGGAUCAGUAGCAGGGUGAAUAUCUUACCCUGGGAAUUGUAUGUUGAAAAAAGCCUGAAAAUAGUGACUUUAUUUAUGUCACACAUGUUUGCACCGGGUGUCUGCAGGUCAUAAAGUCUCUAAAAAGG